AGUUGGUCAACAGAUUACAGAAAACAAGUGUUGAUUUUGUCCCGCGUUGUUUUUUAAAAUCCUCUAAAAUUACAAUGAAAUUUUGGUUUUUAUAGUGGAUACAAUUACAACGACUUCUUCUUACCUUUUGCCAUGAAUCCACCAUCACCAUGGAAAACACCAAACGAAGUAAUGCAACUGCACAAGCUCAAAAAGCGAAAGAAAGCUUUGCAGGAACGUAUGUGCCAUCCUUCAAGUUCAGUGAUUGAGGAAAGUAGUCAGAAACCUGUGGACCUGGAUUUCUCUAGAAUUCUCAAUAGAGACAAGAGAAAGAACCCAUUUUCAAAAAGCAAUGUGGAGCAAAAUAAAAGAGCCAAAACAGAAGAAGCAACUGAGCUAGAUCAAUCCAAUGAUAAAACUCUUUUUGCAUUGCUCAACCUGCCUGCUAAAGUGACGGAAAAACCUUCAUUAGAAGUUGACACUCAGAAAUUGGCAACAUUCUCAAAUCUUUUACAGAAAUUCACAGCUGAACAUGCAGUAGAAACACAUAUAGUAGAAAAUAAAUACAAACAUUUGACAAUAGACUGGGCUUUAAAAACUAAGAUAAGAUUAAUGUCUGCCAAACCUUUCCCCUGGACCACAAAGUUGAAGGCAAGCGAGGAAGCAUCAGGGAUUACAGGCUUUGUCCGUUGCCUGGACACGGCGUCGUCGUCCACGCUGGACACGUCGCCGCGCGCGCGUUUCCACCAGACCUGCCUGUACUGGCAGCACCCGCACCUACCCUGGCUCGCGCUGUUCCCGCGCGCCGCCGGCCGCGUGGCCGCCACCAGCUUCCUGGCCGCCAACGAGGACGCCAAGCGGGCGCUGCUCACCGAGUGGACCGAGAGCUUUAGAUCGCUGUUUCAGUUGUUACGCGCGCUACACUGCCCGUACUUCUACGUGUGCGCCAACGCGUUCACGUGCGUGUUUCGUGCAGCCGGCCUGUGCGGCGCGCCCGAGCCCUGCGCGCUCAUCGCGCCCACCACGCACGGCUUCAGGCACGCACUGAGGCAGGAAGAUGUAGAGUACACGAUGCCGCUGCGACCAGAUAACAAAAAGAAACUAAACACCUCCGACGAGGAGCGCGCUAAGAACGCCUCCAUUGACAGUUGCUACGACACAAUGGACGACGCGCGGACGGACAACCACUGCUCUGGGGACGAAGAAGAUCCGGACGAGUUCCUGUCACAAUUGGGCCUUGAGACGGACGAGAUCAAAAGGAUAAAUAACGCGCAGGCGCGCUUAACUCACACAGUGGAAACCAGCGUAGACAGCGCUGCAGAGUCCCUCGUGCUCGUCCGAGGGGCGGACGCUCAAGCGCUGUUCAACUUCCUCCUCAAUUGCAAGUCGCUAGUCAGCCCCAGUGGGCCCUUCGGGGGCGUCCCUCCAACCCUUCUAGCGCCUACAGCCUUUCACGGAGGAACGCUGCAGUCUCUCAAAGUACGAGAGAACGUCAUACAUUCCGAAAGCAAAAAGUAUUACUCGAUAGAGCUUCGAGGCCCGAUCCUACCGACGACCGUGCACUCUCUGUUUAACGUCCUCAAGACCAGCUCCUGCGCACAGUACAGUGCGACUUUUGCACAUCACCAACCCACGCUGGCGUUUACGUGGGCAGCACAGAAAUUAGCCGAGGAUACAACCUCGAAAGAAAACGAGCCAAACAAUUUCGCGAAGGCCUUCAACAAGGAGAAUUUAUCCGACUGCGGCAUUAGCGAGGAGAUGUUGCAACUAUUCUGCUCUUCGGACGCCAGCGCUUUGAAGUCAAUAGACAGUGUUAAAUAUAAUGCGGAAGAUGGCACAUACAGUUGGUGAUGGAGCUGUGGCCAAACUUUUAGUUUGGUCUGAAGUCACAGAAAAGCGAGAAACCCGUGAACACUGGCACCCAUAUGUGGUCGACAUUCAAUCUACUUGUACGAAGCGUUCUUUCUUUCAAAAAAAAAUAACGAAUUUGACGUACUCACAAAUUAGUCGAUACUCUAAUUUCUUGGACACUUUAAAGAUUUUUAUAUGAACCUCUGGAGAUGAUACUGCCAUUGGCGCUACUAGAAUGCCAUAAGCCUACUUUGUCGUAUUACUUUACAAAUUGCGAAAAACCAAAUUCAAUUUGAAUUUCGCGGGCAGACCCGUUUAGUGCAUCUAUAAUGCACUUUACAAAGGCAAAGUGAGCCUCUAUAGAUGUCAACCUUCUUAGGUUGAAAUCUAUAGCGUACUUUGAGUUUGCCUAGACUUAAGUUCCAGUCAAAACGAGACAGAUUUAAGCCAGCGGUAUAACGCUGUCUCGUUUUAACAGUGAAGCAAAGUCAAAGUGCGCUCCAUAGAUCUGCCUUACAGUUAAGAUGCAGAAAUGUACUUAUUGUCUAUUUUGCAUGUGUUUUUGCGAGUGUGAUUUUUAUUCCAAAGUUGAAUCAAUUAAACAAAUAUAUUUUUUGUAUUCACUUUUGUUUCUAUGGAAAUAAUUACACAGUUUUUGUUUAC